UGUGUUCAUUUCGCCUGUGUGUUUUUUAAUCCGAUCUAAUCAGAUUUAAUCUGGCUCCGCCUUCUCCGUGUUUUGUCCUGGUUCACUGGCCUGCCACACCAGAAUGCGGCAAUCUGAAAGGCAGAACCCUCUAUGCACCGGAACACUCUAUACACCUGAACAGAGUGUUGAGCAGAACACUCUGUUGACCAGAGCACGUUCUGGCCCAGAACACUACUUAGACCAAAAUACGUUGUGGACCAGAAUACCCAGUGGACCGGAAAACUUGGUGUAUCAGAAACUGUGAAGAUCAGACCAUUCUGUAUAUCGGAGCACUCUGUGGACCAAAACACCCUGUUGACCAGAAAUUUUUUUUUCAACAAGAAUACUGAGAAGACUAGAACACACUUUGGACCAGAGAACUCUGUGGACUGGAACACUCUUUGGAGCAGAGCAGUGCGUCUACGCACACAAUGCCAGAUAGGUCUGGUUUUCUGGUCCUGCCGUGGCCUGGUGUUGGGUCAGAGGCUGAGGCUGAGGUCGAGGUUUCGGAGGGACGGGGAGAUAUGCUGCUGCGGGGAGGCGCCUUGCUCGGAGCAGUCCUGGUUAUCUGUGUGACAGCCUUGCGCAGAUGGAUUGGCGGUGGCGUUUGCCGCAGUGGUGAGCGCCAGGAUGGGAAGACGGUGCUGGUAACGGGCGCCAAUACGGGCAUCGGCAAGGAGACAUGCAGAGAGAUGGCGAGGCGAGGCGCCCGCGUAGUGAUGGCGUGCAGAGAUCUGUCUCGGGCCGAUCAGGCGGCAGAGGACAUCCGCAAGUCCACGGGCAACGGCAACGUGGUGGUCCGACACUUGGACCUGGCCUCCCUCUACUCAGUCCGACAGUUUGCCAAAGAUUUCCUGGACAGCGAGGACAGACUGGACAUCCUCAUCAACAACGCCGGUGUGAUGAUGUGUCCCAAAUGGCUGACGGAGGACGGCUUUGAGACUCAGUUUGCCGUCAAUCACCUGUCUCACUUUCUUCUGACCAAUCUGCUGCUUCCGAAGCUGAAGAGCUCCGCCCCCAGCCGCGUGGUAACCGUGUCAUCCAUCGCCCACAGGGGAGGUCACAUCGACUUUUCCGAUUUGUUCUUCAGCUCUCGUCCGUACAGUCCGCUUCAGAGCUACCGGCAGAGCAAGCUUGCUAAUGUGCUAUUUAGCAGAGAGCUAGCACGCCGCCUGCGAGGUUCGGGAGUGAGCUCAUUCUGCGUGCAUCCCGGCGUCAUCCGGACCGAGCUGGGCCGCCACGUGGAGGGUUGGUUCCCUCUGUUGGGGGUGUUGCUGAGGCUACCGGCCAUGCUGCUCAUGAAAACGCCACGCCAGGGCAGCCAAACCAGUUUGUACUGCGCCAUCACGCCGGGACUUGAGGAACAAUCAGGAAGCUACUUCAGCGACUGCGCCGUGAAGGAGGUGGCACCAGAAGGUCGGGACGAUGAGGUGGCUGACAGGCUGUGGAGGGAGAGCGCGCUGCUGGUCGGAAUCAAAGAUACUUGCUGAGCUGUGAUCCUCUUUUGGAAUGGUGUGACCUCGCUCCCUGGGAGACAGCCAGCCAGCUAGCUAGCUAGCUUGGCCAGCCAUGUUGCUAAUGCAGCGAUGCCGUACUACGAGUUGCAUUCAAAUACGAUAUAUGAAGAUUAGAAUUCAAGUUAAGGUUGUAAAUUAAGCUCAUAAGAUAAGAUCCUGAAUUAAGAUAAAAAUGUGGCGUGAAAAACAUCUGAAGCUAAUAAAACAACGAUUUGAAGAACAA